AUGACAUGUGAAGACAUAAAAAAUAAAAUAAAAUCUGUACGCACCAUGUACAAAAAAGAACUGAACUUGGUGUUGAAAUCAGUGAAGAGUGGAGCUGGGACAAGCGACAUUUAUAAACCCAAACUAGUUCGGUUCGAAAGAGCAGAUGCUUUUCUGAGAAGUGUGCCCACUACUAGAGACAGCACUUCCAACUUGGUUACAUCUGUGGAAAAUGAAGGAACACCUGCAGCGACGAAUACCCAGUUUUUGGUUCCAUCAGCUCCGUCAGUUUCGACUCCAGAAAACCGUCCUCCCUCGCGUCCACCUCAAGUGAUUUCUAGACAAUCGUCACAAAUUUCCCGUAAACGUAAAUUGGCUGAUAUCAAUGAAACUAUUGACAGGCUAAAUGCUGUAGGAUCAGGUAAUGUUCCAACGGAGGAUGAAUUUGAUCACUUUGGAAAAUUAGUUGCCGCUCAACUAAGAAAAAUGCCAGAACUGGACGCUUUAUUGUGCGAGGAAAAAAUAGAAGAUGUUAUUAGAAAGCAACGCAUUCAAAUUAUUAGAAAUACUUCGGCGAAUUCGUGA